GGGGAGCAAUAGGCUGAAGGUUGCUGGUGCAGCUGCCAGGCAGGAAGGAGGAGGCUGCGUUGCUAGGCUACCAGGCCACAAGGCCCCUGCUAGGCCUUGAUAGAGAGACACAGGCACACAGCAGCCGCCUUUGCCUGAGCCCCCAAAGCUAUUUGGGGGCUUGGGACAGGGGCUAGCCCAAGAGCAGCCCUGCUGGCCCAUGGGGACAGGGUGGCCCCCGUGCCCAGCGCCCCCACCAUGGACCUCCGCCUGGCAGUGUACAACGCCGCCCGCGAAGGGAAGCUGAAGCUCCUGCAAAAGUUGCUGGGCAGCCGGAGCCGCGAGGAACUCGAGGAGCUGACGGCGGGGCCCGGCGGCGGGGAAGGGGCCGGGGGCACCCCGCUGCUCAUCGCCGCCCGCCACGGCCACCGAGAGGUGGUGGAGUACCUGCUGGACCACUGCGGCGCCCGGGUGGACGCGGGCGGCUCGGUCAACUUCGACGGGGAGACCAUCGAGGGCGCACCGCCCCUGUGGGCCGCCUCGGCCGCCGGCCACUUGGACGUGGUCCGCAGCCUGCUGGAGCGGGGGGCCUACGUGAACCAGACCACGCUCACCAACUCCACCCCGCUGCGGGCGGCGUGCUUCGACGGGCACCUGGAGAUCGUGCGCUACCUGGUCGGGGAGCGGGGCGCCGACCUGGAGGUGGCCAACCGCCACGGCCACACCUGCCUGAUGAUUUCCUGCUACAAAGGGCACUCGGAGAUCGCCCGCUACCUCCUGGAGAGAGGGGCGGACGUGAACCGCCGCAGCGUCAAGGGCAACACCGCUUUGCACGACUGCGCCGAGUCGGGCAGCCUGGAGAUCUUGCGGCUGCUGCUGGGCUCCAAGGCGCGCAUGGAGAAGGACGGCUACGGCAUGACCCCGCUGCUGGCCGCCAGCGUGACCGGCCACACCGCGAUCGUGGAAUACCUCAUAGAGGGGGCGCUGGGGGAGCAGCCCGAGGCGAGGCAGGAAGCCGGCGAGGCGGGGUGCGAGGAAGACGAAGGCGGCCGGGCCCAGGUUUACUGCACCCGGGAGGCGGCGGUGGAAGCGUUGGAGCUCUUGGGCGCCACCUUCGUGGACAAGAGGCGCGACCUCCUCGGGGCCCUCAAGCACUGGAGGCGGGCGAUGGGCCUACGCCACCAGGACGGGCGAUACCUCUCCAAGCCCGAGCCUCGGCAGUUGGUGCUGGCUUACGACUACUCCCGGGAGGUGAGCACCAUGGAAGAGCUGGACUCCUUGGUGACCGACCCGGAUGAGAUGCGGAUGCAAGCGCUGCUGAUCCGGGAGCGUGUCCUCGGCCCGUCCCAUCCGGACACCUCGUAUUACAUCCGCUACCGGGGGGCCGUCUACGCCGAUUCGGGCAACUUCGAGCGCUGCAUCAACCUGUGGAAAUACGCGCUGGAGAUGCAGCAGGGCAACUUGGAGCCGCUGAGCCCCAUGACGGCGAGCAGCUUCCUGUCCUUCGCCGAGCUCUUCUCGUACGUGCUGCAGGACCGCUCCAAGGGCACCCUCGCCACCCAGCUGGGCUUCUGCGACCUCAUGGGGGUGCUGAGCAAAGGCGUCCGCGAGGUGGAGCGGGCCCUGCUGCACCGGAAGGACCCUGUGGCCGACUCCGCCCAGUUCACCAAGGCGUUGGCCAUCAUCCUCCACUUGGUCUUCCUCCUGGAGAAAGUGGAGUGCGCCCCGGAACAAGAGCACCAGAAGCGUCAGACCAUCUACCGCUUGCUGAAGUGCAGGCCCCGGGGCCGGAACGGCUUCACCCCGUUGCACAUGGCGGUGGACAAAGACACCACCGCCGUGGGCCGCUACCCGGUGGGCAAGUUCCCCUCCCUCCACGUGGUCAACCUCCUUUUGGAGUGCGGCGCGGACCCCGACAGCCGCGACUACGACAACAACACGCCGCUGCACGUGGCCGCCCGGAACAACUGCCCGCUCAUCAUGAGCGCCCUCAUGGAGGCCGGGGCCCACAUGGACGCCACCAACGCCUUCAAGCAGACCGCCUACGAGCUCUUGGACGAGAAGCUGCUCACCAAGGCCAUGAUGCAGCCCUUCAAUUACAUCACCUUACAGUGCCUUGCGGCCCGAGCGCUGGAUAAACACAAGAUACCCUACAAGGGGUUCAUCCCGGAAGAGCUGGAAGCCUUCAUUGAACUCCACUAGAAGGAGCCACGGCAGCCUUUCCCGGAUCUCAAUAAGGGAACGAGGAGGGGGGGGGUUGGACUGGGACUCACGGUCUUCUUGCAAUCUGCAUUUUAAAAGCUUGCAUUUGCGCUGGGUCGGGUGAUGCAGCCUCUCUCCCUUUAGCCGCCCCCGUUUACAAAAGUUCCUGGCUGUUCUUUGCUCCACCCAGGACUGGCACCAACACCCGGCAUCGACGGCCAGUUGCCAAGGCCCCGUCAUUUUGGCAGAUGUUUGCCCUGAGUCCCCCUUUCUUUCCACACACCCCUGACCUGGCACGCCAAGCAGCUACAUUUAGUCACUCUUUAGCGUUUCCCAGAAGAACCCCCCCUCCCCAAUCCCAGCCUAGCCUGACCUCGUAGGUGGCAGAGUCCUCUGCCAACCAGCACUGAGAGCCCAGGGGGCAGGCAGCCUGGGACCCCACACCCUCGAAAGAACACGCGCGAAUUCUUGGCUCCGCUUCCUGAAAUUUAGCCGGUUGGAGCUGCAACGUUUUGCACCCUUUCCUUUCCCUCUCCACUUCUCCUUGAAAACCUAGGAGCAGAAGUGAGGAUUUAAGGAGGCAACCCCCCCCCCCCCCGCGGACAGUCUUAAAAGUUGCUCUUUCCUCUUUUUUUGCGGGGGGUGGGGGGGGCUCAGCUCCGUAAUCAGCCAGAGAGGACGGGUUGCCCGCUGCUCAACGGAAAGCGAUUUAGUUGCUGCUUGCACGGUUGACCAAGCCGAGUGCGGUUUGAUUGUGUUCCCGAGUUUGGUUUCUUGUUUUGAACGGCCACAUAUCGCCUGCGAAGAUUUUGCCGCCUGUUUUAAA